AUGAAUUUUGUGAAAACUCAUAUCUAUAAGCAGAUAUAUACUAAUGAAGGGAUACAAGAAUUAGAAAAAGAUACUAGAAGUAAAAAAGAAUUAGUUGAAAAUCAAAUUUUAAAGGGAUUACCAGAGUUUAAGAGAGAUAAUCAAUUUUUAAGUUUAUCUGAGCAAUUAGAAUUAAAAAAAAAUACCGCAACAUUAGAAGACAAUGAUAAUAAUACGAAUUUGUAUGGUCUUCCUAGUUUAACCGAAGAAGAUUUAGAAUAUUACGAAAAUUAUGAAAAAAAUGAUAAUUAUAGUAUUGAAAAAUUAAAAGAGAGAGAAAGAGAAUUAGUGAAUGAAUUUAAUGAAGCAAUUAAAGGAUAUAUAAAAAAAAAGAGAAAAAAAGAAACAGAUUUAGAUAUUUUAAAAGAAAAUGUUAAUCUCAGUGAAAUUAAAAAAAGUAUAAAUAAAAAAAAAGCAGUUGAAUUUAAGCCAACUGUGAAAGCAAUAAUUAAAACGAAAAAAAACAAAAACACCAUUAACAGUGAGAAUAAAAAAAUAAAUUUGAAAGUAUCAUGUGAAAAUAAAAAAAUUGAAACAGAAGAAAAUUCAUUAUUAUUUGGUUAUUCAGAUAAUUCUGACAAUUAA